UGCAGCGCACGCUUAUUCACGGGAUCAUUCGAGUCGGCCAUAUACCUCCUCUCCAUGAUCUGCUCGAUCCCGGCCUCUGUCUCGGUCCUCCCAGCCAUCAAUUCCAACUUCACCCACCAUAUCUCGGCCGGCCUGCGCGACGGCACCACAAUCGCGGGGCAGGUGGCCAUCUCGCACCCGUCGGCGCCGACAGCCCUGCCGGACGACACGCAGGUCGCGCCGGCCCUGACAGCUGCGGACCACGACCGCAUUGAGGACGCUAACCUGCCGGGUUCGCUGCCGGCCCUGCGCCGCCCCAACAUUUCCUUCUCCAAGGACGACGAGGAUGACCUGCCGGCGCGUAUCGAGCGCCUCUGGUACAUCAACCCGUACGGCCACGAGAUUGCGCCGACGGCCAACCCGCAGGUCGUCGACGCCCUCGCCCGAACGGACACGGUCGUCUACAGCAUCGGCAGCCUGUACACGAGCGUCAUCCCGAGCCUGGUGCUGCGCCGCGUUGGGCAGGCCAUCGGCAACGAGCCGGGCAUCCGCCGCAAGGUGCUCAUCCUCAACGCCCGCAUCGACCGCGAGACGGGGCCGCGCGCCGACCCCAUGACGGCCAGGGACUUCGUCGCGGCCAUCGCCCGCGCCUGCGUCGAGAGCCGGAACCCGGAGCUGGUCGGGCACGACGAGAUCCUGAGCGAGUACGUCACUCACCUGGUUUACCUGGAUCCGGACACGGUGGGGCCGGACGUGGCUCGCUGCGCGCCAGCCGUUGACGAGGAGGAGCUCGAGCGGCUGGGCAUCCGGUGCUUCAAGGUCGCGGGUAAGGUCGUCGACCGCGGGGAAGGAGGGAGGAAGGGGAAAAAGGCGGCGAGGUACGAUGAAGUAGCCUUGGGAGAGGCUCUGGAGGCCAUCAUCAACUCCUCUUGACGGUCCUGACUUGCCUUGAAAAUGCCUGGCGGUUCGUUCGGAAGUCUUCCUGCGAGUCUCGGGGACCUGCUCCGGGUUACACCUCGGGACGGCAAUUUGGUGAUGCAAAGGGGUCGUGCAGUCGUUCCGUGGUUGGUGGAGAAAAAGGGGGGAGGAGGGGGGAGGAGGAGGAGGAGGAGGAGGAGGAGGAGGAGGAGAAGCCUCUGUAUACCUACCUGUUUUCCCUUUUUCCUGGUUUACCUGUUUUUCAUCAUUUCUUAACUGUAUUCUAGCGUCGGGAAGAUGUGUCAUAGACGGAGCACGACUCUGGACGUAAUACUUUGGUCACAGUCGCGUGAGUGGUGAUGAUCGACCGAUGGACUGACUGGCUUGGAAGUACCGAACUCCUCCAUUCUGGUGUCGCUACAAUGUCCAGGAGAAUUUGGAGGUCCUCAACAGACAGAAUCGGAAUGACCGUUUCAUCUUUGCCAGAGUUGCCGCGCCGUCCCACGCCGAGCCCUGCGAGCAUACGCAGGGCAUUCUGUUCUGUGCAACACCAAGGCUCGGCUUUUCCAAGUACCGCCUGCCCCGCCAGGAGGGAAGAGUGGCCCCCCCCCCCCCGCCGGAGACUUAAGUAGCUUCCCAACGGACACCUCAGCACCUUUCCGCUGCGAGGACGACCCCGAACUGACGCGGACAUGGUGCACGACAGGACGCCACGACACGCUGUGGAACACCUGUUAUUUGACACAAGUCACUGCAUCCGGAAACGGUUAACUUACGUGUGAUUCUACGCCAUUUUUUGAAUGCCGGAGCUCAAGAUCGGUGCCAGGGCAGGGAACGGGGCUUGU